CGGUACAGGCAGGAAUUCGAGGAAGUGAAGCAGCUGGGGAAGGGCGGGUUCGGGGAGGUUUGGAUGUGUCGGAACCGAUUGGAUGGGCAGUGCUACGCGAUUAAGAAGAUCCAGCUGGACUCUUCCAACGAGACUCUGAACAGGAAGAUGCUGCGGGAGGUGAAGACGCUGUCGGGGUUGCAUCAUCAGAGCAUCGUGAGGUAUUACCAGGCAUGGAUCGAGAGCAGGCAAGGAGAAUGCGGCAUCGAAGAGGACCGCGACAAGCAGUUGCUGGAGGUUCAGGUCUUGUACAUACAGAUGGAGUACUGCGAGAAGACGCUGUCGGAGGUGAUCGCCUACGAGCGGCUCUAUGAGGCCCCUGAGAGGCUCUGGAAUCUCUUCAGGCAGAUUGUGUCCGGCGUCGCCUACAUCCACUCAAAAGGGAUCGUACACCGCGACCUGAAGCCCAAGAACAUCUUCCUCGACUUCAGCGGAGACAUCAAGAUAGGAGACCUCGGCCUUGCGCGUUUCAGUCAGAUCAAGGGAGAGCAUGAGGAUGGGGAGGAGGCGCAUGAGAAUCUUGUGAGCGCGGCCUCAGGCUCACUGGAGGGGGACGACACGUCUGCCAACGUCGGGACGAUGUUGUACCUCGCUCCUGAGGUGAUGGAUAGUGUGUCUUCGGUGUCCGACCAGAGCAAGAGAGACGUGUACGCCUUGGGCAUCAUUCUGUUCGAGAUGUGGUCUGCCUUCGCUACUACCAUGGAGCGGAUCACCAGCAUUGACCGUCUGCGUCGCUUGGAGUCAUUUCCGCAGGGCUUUGAGGCCCAGCAGGUCAAGGCCAACAGGCGGAACGUCUGUCAGCUCAUCCGCUGGCUCAUCAAUGCUGAGCCGACGACUCGUCCAACGGCCCUGCAAGUGCUGGACAGCGAGCUGCUUCCUCGGACUAUGCUGGAGAGCGAGCUACACCAGGUGCUCCCUGCUGCCUCCCUGCCUCCCUGA